GAGGCAUUGUCUACAAUUACACUACUACUAUGUGACACGUGCUUGAGGAAGGGGGUUGGGUUUGAAGUUUGGAGGGAAGUUCACUGAUUGGCUUGGAACGUAUUCAGAUUCCAGCCAAUAGGAGACUGGCACGGUUUCUUUUAAAAGUAACGUUGCAGCUUGCUGAAUUGUCAUUUAUUUUUUGACCUGUGUUGUAACAGUUGAUGUUACAAUGAGUGGAAGAGGCAAAACCGGCGGAAAGGCUCGUGCUAAAGCCAAGACUCACUCCUCCAGAGCUGGACUGCAGUUCCCCGUCGGCCGUGUUCACAGGCUUCUCCACAAAGGCAACUAUGCCGAGCGUGUCGGUGCCGGUGAUCCGGUUUAUUUGGCCGCUGUGCUCGAGUACCUCACUGCUGAGAUUCUGGAGUUGGCUGGAAACGCCGCUCGGGACAACAAGAAGACCCGUAUCAUUCCGCGUCACCUGCAGCUGGUGGUGCGCAACGAGCUUCUGGGUGGCGUGACCAUCGCUCAGGGCGGCGUGCUGCCCAACAUUCAGGCCGUGCUGCUGCCCAAGAAAACCGAGAAACCAGCCAAGACCAAGUAAACUGAGUGAAGUUUCCCUUCAAACCAAAGGUUCUUUUAAGAGCCACACAUUUUCGCUGUGCGAGAGUGAUUUACUUCAUCUGAUCACGAAAUUGAUAUGAAAAUCUGUAAAAUGAUUAACUGUUUAAAGUACAGUAGAAAAGAGCACAAUAUAAAAUAACAAUAAAUAC